ACGAGGAGAAGAAAGGACCGAGUCGUCUUCUCCUUUAAAAGGCCCUCUGAAAAAUCUCCUUGUCUCCUCCCAGCGCGUCCCCGUUCCAUUACAAGAAAAGAUCGUGGCAGGAAGCGAUCCAAUUCUCAAUUAGAGGUCGAGAACUUUAGCAUCCUGAGUUCUCGAAUUGAGGGCAACCUGCUGGGAUUCGGAGCAUUUGGGGGUCGGUUUUGCGCGAUUUGAGGCGGACAGGGGGCACCCUGGUGAGCUCUUGAUCGAAUCGGCGGUGCUUCGGGUUCAAUCCGAGAACCAUUCUGCUCCCUGCGCAUGUGAGCUUCUUGCCUUGUGCAGCCGCGCUCACCUUCAUAGAAGGCGAAUUGGCGGUUUCUUCUACAAUUGUUCGGUUCUUAUCUUGAAGGGCGGUGCAAAUCUGAGGUUUCUUCUCCAAUCGGAAAGGUGUGGUAGCCAAAUUCGCCAGGAAGGCUGCAGUUAUCCGUGCGAGAGGCUCCCUCUCACGGAUUGGGGCUGGCGCUGUCCCGGCGUCGAAGUGCUCGGGGGCUCCUUGGAAGCUUCGAUCGUGUGUGCCUCAGAAGAGUGAUCCUGAAGAACUCGGCCUUCACCUUCCCAAUUCAAUCCUUCUCCAAGGCGGCGAUUGGGUUGUAGAUGGGGGCGGGUUCGAGCAUCCUGGGCGCGGACGGGGAGUGGGGGGAGACGUCCCUCGGCGACAUGCCGGAGAGCUGCGUGGCGGCGGUGCUGCUCUACCUCGACCCGCCGGAGAUCUGCCAGGUCGCCCGCCUCAACCGCGCCUUCCGCGGCGCGGCCUCCGCGGACUGCGUCUGGGCCGUCAAGCUCCCCGCCAACUACCGCUACCUUGCGGCCCUAGCCGCGGCCGCCGAUGACGAGGUCCGCGGCGAUGGAGAUGACAAUGACAAGCGUUUCUUUCUAGCGGCGACGAAGAAGGAGAUUUACGCGCGUCUGUGCCGACCCACCCUCUUUGAUGCUGGCAGAAAGGAAUUCUGGAUUCUGAAGAACAAGGGAGGUCUUUGCAUCAGUAUAUCAUCAAAGGCGAUGACUAUUACCGGUAUUGAUGAUCGGAGGUACUGGAGCCACCUUGCCACAGAGGAAUCAAGAUUCCAUAGCGUUGCUUAUCUUCAGCAAAUUUGGUGGCUUGAGGUGGAUGGGGAGCUUGAGUUCUGCUUUCCUGCUGGCUCCUACAGCCUUUUUUUCCAUCUUCACCUGGGGCGACCCUAUAGGCGCAUGGGUCGUCGGCUUUGUGCAACCGAGCACAUGCACGGGUGGGAUGUCACGCCCACACGGUUCCAGCUCUCAACCUCUGAUGAGCAACAAGUGACAUCUGAGUAUUACCUACAUCUACAUGAACAAGGAGGCUGGAAGCUUUACCAUGUUGGUGAUUUUGUCGUAUCAAACCCCGAUGAGCCCAUGAAACUCAAGUUCUCAAUGAUGCAGAUUGAUUGCACCCAUACAAAAGGUGGCUUGUGCGUUGAUUCGGUGUUUAUAUAUCCUAAAGGGUACAAGCCUGAGAGGGCGAACAUAGUCUGCAUGUAGCUCAGCGGAGUUGGCCUCAUACCUCCAGCAAGAUGAAACAAGAGGCAAUUCAAAUGUGAGUGGCUAGACUUUUACCUGGCCAUUCUUACCUGAAAGCCCAUUGUACAUUCUUUUGUCUUUUUUUGCCCCUUCAUUCUGAGAGUUUUACAUGAAUGUAAGGUAUUUCCUGUAUUCUUUGUAGUGUUAGUUAAACAGGUGGAGAAUAGGGGAGUUUAGAAACAGGUGAAAUGAAGCAAGACUUGAGUCAUUGAGUGCACACUAUUAGUUCAAAGAGGCUGAUAGCCUGAUAUGCCAUCUGCAUCUCUAAUUUUCAUCAGUACAAUGAUGUUUCGCGAACUGGAUUGAUAUUC